UGGGCACGAGGCACGAUGCUCCCGCCCCCUGGUUGUCAGGGCCCAGCCUAUCCGCGUCCAGGCGGGCCUCGGUCGCCAGGUGGUUGGGGUCGGGGGGGCCGGGGCAGGUGUGUGUGUCGGGAGGAAGGGGCUAGGCCCUCCCGGGACUCCCAAGGGAUUCCGCCGAAGCCCCUGCGGCUGGGAAUCGGGGGCCCUCCGGCUCGGGAGCGGAGAAGCCGCGCCUCGCUCCACAGCGCCUCUCCCCGCCGCCCCCGGCGCGCUCCCGCCCACCGCCUCCCGGGUCUGGAACGAGCGCGCGCGCCCCCGUCUCCCAUCGGCGGCGGAGGGGCGGGCCCGGCUCCCGGCGCCACCGCCCGCAGCCCCCUCCCCUCGCCCGCCCGCCGCACGCUGCAGCCCCGGAGCUCCCGCCCGGCCCCACCCCAGACGACCCAGCGUGGAGAGGCGGGCGGCCGGAGCCCGAGGUGCGGGAUGGACAAGAGGGACAAGGGCAGGUCAGGGGCCGCCACGCGGACGCCGGCUUCUCGCCCUCCGGGCCUUCCUACCCCCAGGCCCCCAGGGUCUCCCAGACCUCCUCCUCCAGUAACCAGCGCGGCUCUCCGCGUCCUGGGAGCCGCGGGAGCUGCGGGGCGAGGGCCCCUGGCUGAGCGAUCCGGGGGUAUCCGGGCAGCCGCUCUCCCGGAGGCUGGUCCCCGGGUGGGACCAACACAGAGCGCUGGGACAGGCCCCCGGAGUCCAGCCUCCAGGCCCCCAGCUGCUGGGAGAGGGGAGCGGGCCCCUGCCAAGACCUCAGGCCCAGGCUCUAUCUCCAGCCCAGGACGUGCCAGCGGGACCACCAGGCUAGGCUCUCUUGCACAGAAGGGGCUUCGUCCCCCAGCUGAGGAACCCGUGACCAGAGGAAAAGCCCCAGAAACCCCCAGAAGGAGCGCGCUGAGCGCCGGGGCACGGAGAGACUCUUCUGGGCCCUCCCCAGGCGCCCCUUCCCCAGCCAUCUCCCGUCGGUCUCGGGCUGCAGGCGCUGAAGUCGGUCUCCCUCGGGCAGCUCCCAGUGCCCGGCCGCGGCCUCCAACCGAGGCUCCCAGGAAAUCAGUGAGCAGUGCCCCGCAGCAUGGUACCGCAGAGCCGAGCCCCGCCGCCAGGAGGCGACCCGGCGCCGGCGGAGGCCUCCAGAAGCCAGCCUCGCGCCCCUUGGGCUCCAGCGCCACUCCUCUGUCCUCUCCCGCCCGCCCUGGGGCCUCGCCGGGUGGAACACCUCGGGCUCUGGGGCAUCCCUCGCCGCCCAAGACGAAAGGGGUGCAGGUUCUGCGCCCCCGCCAGUCCACACCCCCAAGGAAGGGCGCAACCCCUGCGCAGGGUCUUCCUCCUCCUUUAGCCACACCCUCUCCGCCGGGUUCGAGGGCACAACUGGCACCGCCUCCGCCUAUCACAGGCACUCCCCUGCCUGCCACGCUCCCUCCCUCUCCACCGACCACGCCCCCUUCUCAAUCCGCAAAUGGUCCUUUGGCCACGCCUCUUUCUCUAGCCCCUCCUCCCUCCGCUCCACUCCCUCCUCAGACCCUCCCCUCUCCGCCGGCCACACCUCCUUUGCAAGACCCACCCACACACCUGGGUACCUCCUUUUUGGAGGCGUCCGCCUCUCCCACGAACACUUUUCUGGCUUCAUUCUCUCCAUCAUCGUCAACCCCUCUGCAGAGUAUGCCCCCAACCCAGGCUUCUCCAGCUUUGCCACCUCUUCUGACUCCCCCCUCUUCCUUGGCCACAUCUCCUUUGUUGGCUCCAGGACCACCAAGCAAGGCCCCACUCCAAGCCCCUCUUACUCAAGCAACAUCUCUGCUAAACCCGCCCUCUCCCCAAGCCACGCCCCCUCUGCAGGGCCUUUCCACUUUGACUACUACCCCUCCACUGGCCAGUCCUUCCCUAUCUCCUCCCUCUCUUGAGGCCACACCCUAUACAGCGACCACGCCUCCCACACAGGACACCUCUCCGGCCACAUACCCUCUGCAAGCCUCUCCCUGUCCUCUGACCACCCUCUCUUCACAGGGUCCUCCUCCUCCUCUGUGCUCCCCGUAUCCCUUGGCCUCACUAUCUCUGCAGGCUGCACCAUCUGCCCUGGCCGUGCCCACUCCACAGACCCCACCUCCUCUGGCCACACCCCAUCUACAGGCCACUCCCUCUUCGGCUCCGCUCCCUACACAGGCCCCACCUUCUCUGGCCUCACCUCCUCCGCAGGCCCCACCCUCUUCCCUAACCACUGCUCCUCAACAAACUGCGGUGUCUCUGGCCACACCCCCUCUGCAGGCUAGUCCAUCCCCGAGCGUGCUCCCAGUUCAGGCCCCACUCUCUCCGGUAUCACCCCCUUUGCAUGACCCUUCCUCUCCCUUGGCCGUACCCCCUCCCCAGGCUCCACCUUCCCUGGCUUUGCCUCCUCUUCAGGCUCCUCCUUCUCCCCCUGCCUCACCCUCUCCGCGGGCCCCUCCCUCUCCUGUGACCCCGCCCCCCCCGCGGGCCCCACCCUCCCCUGUGGCCAUACCCUCUCCGCGGACCCCUUCCUCUCCCCUGGCCACACCGUCUCCGCAGGCUCCACCUUCCCUGGCCUUACCUCCUCUGCAGACCCCGACUCUCCCUUUGCAGGCCACGCCCUCUCCCCUGGCCACGCCUCCUCAGGCUCCACCUUCUCUGGCCUUGCCUCCUCUACAGGCCUCUCCACGCCCUUUGCAGGCUCCUCCCUCCGUGGCCACGCCCCCUCCUCAGACUCCACCUUCCCUGGCUCUGCCCCCUCUGCAAGUCCCUCCCUCUCCCCCGGACUCACCCCCUCUGCAGGCCCCUCGCCGCCCCCCGACCCCAGGUCCGGAUGCCCCGAUCCCGGGCCCACGGCUGACCCUGGCGCUGGCCCCGGCUCCGCCGCCACCGCCCUCGCGCAGCCCGUCCAGCACGCUGAGUGGCCCGGAUCUGGCGGGCCACAGCAGCAGCGCCACCAGCACGCCGGAAGAGCUGCGCGGCUACGACAGUGGGCCCGAGGGCGGCGCCGCGGCCUCCCCGCCCGCCGACGCGGAGCUCGCCGCCUGCCACCCGGCCUCCUGGAGCCGAGGUCCCGCUCCGCCGCUGGCCGUCCGCAGCACCCCAGGCUCGGAGCCACCAGGUGGCGGGCAGAAGCUUCCAGAUAAAGCCAUUCAAGAUGAGGCAGCAGCAGAAGCAGAAGCAGGGGAGAGAGGAGUGAGACCAGAGAACCAAAGAACCAGCAGGAGAGGACCCAGAGGAAGAGCAAAGCCAGAGCUGGCUCCGUCCUGGAGAGGGACGUGUGUGUCUGGGCAGGUGGGGCUGCUGUCCCGGGGGGCUGCGGGAUGGGGUGGUGGCAGGGAUGGGCGGGGAGCGGAAUAUUUUAACAUGGAAUAAGAAUCGAGGCCCCCCUGUGGUCAGCGGGGGCUCCGAGUGGGAGUUGGAGAGGAGAGGCAAGUGGGGCGCCCCUCCCCGCCUUUACUCCCAUCUUUAAAAACAUUAUGGGGGCCAGGAUCAAGGUUGUGGCAUCCCCCCACCCCCACCCCACGGCGCCAGUGUAAGGCCGCCCCUCCUCUACCUCCCUUCUUUCCAGGGUGAGGCCUCCAAAUUACAGGGUUGGGAGCCUGUGGCCUAAUUCGGGGCACCCCGGUCAAAGCAGCAGUCUGCCUCCUUCCCCUACACAGGCAGCCCAGGAGGGACCCGUGCUUACAGUUAACUGGGUUGUAAUUUCACACCCAAUCCCAAGCACAGCUGCCCUAUGCCUCUGGUUCUGCGGCAGCCCAGAUCUCAGUGGGGCUCUUGGUAGGGGGGCCACUGGUUCAGGGUGGGGUCCGGGCAGGGGGCUGGCUGGCCCUCUGGCUGCUGGGUCCCGCUUGGGGCCUGCAGAAGUUGGUGCCCCAGGCUGGUGGCCGCACUCCUCACCUUUUCCAGGGUCUCGAUCCGUUGUUUCAGGAGCCGGUUCUCCGUCCGAAGCCUCUAUGUAGGGAGAGGGGGAAAGUGUGUCAGAACCCACUCCCACUCCCAUACAGACAGAAGUCUGUCCCCUUAAGGGCCAGGCUGCCUCCAGGCAAGAUAGAGCCAUCAUCAAAUGCUCUGGGGAAGGCAUCCUAGAAAACAGGGCCAAGUCCCGUCCAGCAUGGCCCGUUCGAUUUUUUUUUUAAACAAACUUUGGUUCAUUUAAAGUGAUCGCUUUCAUGGAUAUGCACUUGUGUGUCAGGGGUCAGCCAUCAGCACCCUUGCCUUCCUGGGAAGUCUCCGGGGAGCCCAUGCUGGGGCCUGUCCAAGGCCAAUGUGAUGCUUCCUACAAGGGCAGGCCUUCCUCUGGGCCUAUCUGUUCCCACCCCUCACUGCUUUGCUUCCAGCGCCAGAAUGAACUGUCCUCAGAGUCAGGAUCCCGGGGAGGGGGUCCUGUUGAAUCCACGGGCCUCCUUGAGCUGGACGGCUAUGUUUCUAUGACCCACCAAAAGUCAGGGGACUCAGAAGCCGUCACUUCCCUCCAGCGGCGGUUCUACAGGCCUCUUGCUUUGCUUUUCACCUUCUCCCCUGGACUGAUGGGUCUGGGUUAGAUAUUUGUGGUUUUAAGUUCCCCAUGGCCUUUGGGAAGCAAAGUGAGGUUUAUAUAUGCCUCGCAUCUUAGUCUCUACUUAUGUUCCCUUUAAGGCGCGGGUGUGGAUGGUUGGAUCUUAAGUGUGUUCUGAACGAAAACCAACCAGACCCUCCAUCUUCCUGAAGCCCCAAGACCCUGCAUUCAUCCAUUAUUAAUGAGGGAGCUGCCUCUCUGUGGGCCACACAGAACAUUUUCCGGAUUCUUCCGGGAAGAAGAAGGUGAUGGAAACACCCAGAACACUCCCGGGAAGCAUCUGCAGUCAGAGAAUCACAGACGUGAUUCACAGUCAUUCACCGAUGUCAUGCAUGGGGAAACUGAGUCAGAGGGGGGCAGUGUCUUGUCUGAGCCCCCCAGCUUGCCUGGGUUAGAGGUGUUUCAGGCACAAGUCUCUGCCCCACAUCUGGAAUCAGGAGUCCAGAUCUCUUGGAGGGCUCUUGCCCCAUCUCUGGGCUUGACCCACCACUCCGUAAGCACAGAGAUCCUCGAGAAGUUCGAUGUGGCCAAGUAACAACUCCCCUCUCCCGCUUACUCCAAAGAGAAAACGACACAAGGAGUGAGCCGGAACUGUGGGGUCUAGGUAUACAUCAGGCUUUUUUUUUUCUUCUGUAUUUUUGAUGCUCUGACAUCUAGCCAC